AUGAAUAUAGAUGAGACAGGAAUAGGUUGUGUCAAAAAUUCUUCUAGUUCCGCUAGUUCUGGUAGAAAUGGAAUCUACCUACCAGGCAUGUAAUCCAGGUGUUGAGUGUGUUUUUGUGUUUCUUCACAAUUCAACCCUCUUUAAAAUACAAUUAUGUUCCCUUUUUCUGGUUUCUAUUUGGAUUUUUUUUUAGUUUGAAGGAUGUAAACGAAAUUUUCAACUGGUGUUAAAAUUACUUCAGUGAAGAAAAAUUAAUAAUUUUUACCCAUCAAUAUGAUCUUAGAGUGCUGGUGGGUCUGUUAUUUCAAUCUUUGCGUGCAUGGUUUAUAUACCUUGGUUGAUGUCACAAGGAAAUUGUAAAAAUAAAUCGCUUUUAUCUUUGGUGAUCAACUUUCCUUGUGUAGAACUGAAAUCUUAAUGGACCCAUGCAGAGUUGAAAUCAUUUACCUAUCUUAUCUCAACUGACCGUCUUGACAACAGCACUUUAGAGAUAAUCUGUUUAGUACAUAAUGGUAGAGCCUAUUCUUGAGACUCAUUUGUGAUAUUCCAAUAAUAAUUCCAGCAUUAAGCGUUCCAAAAUGUAUUGCAUUAAAUGUGCCAGAAGCCAUAAAGUAUUGAGGAGCUACAAAAGGUACAGCAGUACCAGAAGGUUUCAUAAAUAUUUCAGCAAGAAAUGAUGUAUCAGGGAUUUUAGUUAUGAAGACUUUCAACGUGAAAGCAAUAAAUCACGGUGCAGUCAACCACUGAUGUAAGCUUUGUCCGUUGGUAAAAUCAAAUUGAGUUUGAGUGGAAGUUCUUUCUCAAGGUCUAAAUGGUUGUGUCAAUGAAGUGGAUUCACUAUAGAGUGAGAUAAUUCUUGUUUCACUGAAGCAAUAGAAACGGAGGCAGUUUUCUGUUUUUCUUUUCAUGUGUGCUUGAUGGUUUAUUUCACUUGCUUCUGGCAUUUCGAGUUACUUACUGUUCUAUAUGCUUGCACUUAUCGAUAUUAUUUGAUCCACAAGAAUCAUGAUGCUUCCAGAAAUCAUUUGAUAUUCCCUUUUUUGGAAUGUCUUCUUAUGAGCUCGAAGUCAAAUUUCGAGUUUUUCUUUUGACUUUAACUUCGCCUAUCAGAGCUGAUUGGCUAAAUUCUUAAAUCUUUAAUCGGCUUGUCCCUCAUGUAUUUUCCCAAAGAUAUUUCACUUUACUAUGAUCUUUUAUUCUUUGGAUCAUUAUAACUUAAUAUUAUAUUUUUAAUUACUCGAUUUGACGUUGUCAUUUGUUAAAACUCUGACAUGAAAUGUUGACUUUUUUCCAGUGAAGAGAGGAGGAUUAGGAAAUGGAGAAAAAUGAUUGGUGUUGGUGGAAGUGACUGGAAGCAUUAUGUCAGACGAAAGCCCCUUGUAGUGAAAAGACGUAUAAGGAAGGGAAUCCCUGAUUGCUUGAGGGGUCUCGUAUGGCAGUUGAUUUCUGGGAGUCGGGACUUGCUACUGAUGAAUCCAGGGGUUUAUGAGGUAUCACAAAUUCUUAGUCCGAAGUUUUCUGUAGACAUUAGGCGCAGCCCUGUGUUUGACGUUGUGUCGCAGCUUCGAAGAACUAUUAGAGCAGAUAUCUACUAACCUGCGUGUUCUGUGUAUCAUCAUCUUUAUCCCACAAAGCGUUACAAAGACCUGUAGUGGAUGUGAGACAUCAGACCAAUGAUUGACAUUGAAUCUCAUCACUCUAAUGUUCUAGUUCCCGUCCAUAUCAGUAACCAUAUAAAUAAGAGUCAUACCAUUUUGAAAAAUACAAGGAUAAAUUCGUAGCCAUGUGUCACCACUGUGUUAUCUAACUGAGGGGAACAGCAUUUCUAUGGUUCUUUGACUAAGUUGUGUUGGAAAAGAUUUAUGUUUCAUCAAUAUAUAAUGACAGUGAAGAAAAAUCCUGAGUCUGUAUUGGGAGAAUUCUUUGACUUCAAUAUCUCUAUGCACGUAUUGACAAAGUCUUUCCUGUAUCGUUGUUCCAUUAGCACAACCUCUCACCACACCUUUGCAUCCUGGGUUGGCAUAGUAUCCUUUCAAACUUUCUUAAAUUGUUUCAUUAUCUCGCUCAUGUUUUUUUUUACUUCUCCCUCAUGUUUUUUUUUACUUCAAUAUGAAGUUCACCAAUGUUUUCAAAUGACAGUACAGCCUUGAUGUUUCAUUUGGCAGUAGUAUCAAGGUAUGCCUUAAGGUUCAGUUUUGAGACAGAUUCAUAGGAUGGGGGUUGGUUUUUCAGGUUUUUUGGUCAUGAUAUGAAGAAGAAGGUUUGACAUUAAUUGUCUCAAAAGUUUAUCUUUGCAGGAUGUUCAGUUCUGUUGAAUGUCAUCCUAUUUUUGUCUUUGUUAUUAGAUUGUGAAGAAAAUAAGUUUUCUCUAACAAACAUCAAUAUCCAUAGUAUCCAUUAAUUGUUGCAUUCUCUUCGAAUUACUCAUACUUCGUAAAAUAUAUAAUAUAGAUUUUUUUAGCUUGUUCCAAGGAUAAAAUUUCCAUAUUUCCUGAUUGAUUUGUGCACCCGGUGCAGCAACUUGUGAUUUAUGAGACAUCAGCAUCCGAGCUGGACAUUAUUCGAGAUAUAUCACGCACCUUCCCAACACAUGUCUUCUUUCAACAGAGACAUGGACCAGGUCAAAGGUCCCUCUACAAUGUUCUCAAGGCAUAUUCUGUAUAUGACAGAGAUGUUGGAUAUGUUCAGGUCAAUGUUAAUCAUGUUUAGACAGUUCAAUAGAAAAUUGCAUGAUAAACCUUUGAAAUGCCAUCUAAUGAGCUGAUUGAAUUUCAGGGAAUGGGUUUUCUGGCAGGUCUACUUCUUCUUUAUAUGAGUGAAGAAGAUGCAUUCUGGCUUUUGGUUGCUUUGUUGAAGGGUGCUGUUCAUUCACCAAUGGAGGGACUUUAUCAGGUAACAGGUUAUUUCGGCCCCACAUAGAACAUAUAUGUUCUUGUGAGUUUCCUGGAAGAUUGUAAGAUUAUUUUUCUCAAAUAUAUGAAUGAGUAGUUUAUGACCACUGGUCUGAUUGAGAGCUUGAAAUAGUCAUCUUUUCAAAGAUAUUUGAUUUUAAAUUUCUUGUAAUCCACAGUGGAGUUACUAUGGGACUUUUGUGACAUGAGGGAGAAUGAUUACUUUUAAUGAAUGCACCAAAUAUAUACUUAUAGAGGCCAAGAAGCGACAAUCUGGUUUCCAUUGUGCGUGGGAUGAAUAGCCUGAAAAGGUGAAUCAAAGUACAACUAACUCGAGGCUACAUUGGUCUUUUUAGCACUGCUGAAAAACAGGUUUUCGUUGAGAUGUAUUGUCCUCAACACAUGAGAAUUAAAGAAGGAGCGCAUCAUAGAUGUUUGGAAAAUUGUGUGUACGUAUAAUGGGACUGCUUAAGGUUAUUAUUUUGGUGUAUUUUGGUGAAUAGAAUCAAAUUAAAAGCUCAUUUCAAGGAAGGUGAUAUAUACCACCAACAUGCCCGGAAAUGAGGUUCAUUUCUAGGUCAAACGUGUGAUGCCUCACAUAUAAAUUCUGAUUUUACCAAGUGUUUCAUGGGUUUUAUGUGAAAACAAGGCUAUUUCUAUUUCCAAAGUUUGAUUUACCAACUCUUCUGUGUGCUUUAUAGGUGUGAACUCCUCAAGAAUAGUCUUAUUUCUACAUGGAUGUAAAAAACUCAUCUGAGCAACGAGCUAGUGGCAGCCUUUUUCAAGAAUAGUUCAUGUAGGCUAUUUCAAUAUUUUUGAGAAGCUGGAUAGAAUAUUUAUAGAGUCUCAAGGAAAAACUUUGUCUAAAGUAACGACUAAUUGAUUUAGAAAACGUAGGGCCCAAUUAAAGUAACUACUAAUUGAUUCUUAUUGGGCCUUGGAAAAGUUUCCUUUGUCCAGUGACAAAAAACUUUACUUGUGGAAGUGGGAGUGGACCCUUCAGGCAGACUGGGGCGCUGCCUCAUGGCAGCCUACUGAUGUAGUAGUCAUUGGUUGUGUCGCAUGAUCUUGUACGUUAUUGCACUAGAAUUUUAUUAUUGUAGCCAGAGUCCGCUUCAUUACAAACUAGCUAGGGAUGUCACUCUCAUGAAACUCCCCUGCACUGUAGAAACUAGGAGAAAAUUGUGUGAAAAUUGGGAAGCUAGAUUGUAGGGUGGAAAGAUAUGACCCUCGCCAACAGUGUUGACUUGUUUUGCAUAGGAGUGUAUUUUCUCUGAUUCAUAUGUAACCGUGUUCUCAAUUCAAAAGAUUAUGGCAAAGUUAGAAGCAAUUCGAACAGGAUUCUUCUAGCAUGAUAGUUAUAAAAUGAAUCUUACUUGGGAUGACUUCAAUUUGGGAAAUUUGUAGGCAUAGGAAUUUGCAUCAUUACUAUAGGAAUUUGGAUUCAAUUUGCAUAUUCUAUCAUCACAGUUGAAGGAUUCGUGCAUCUUAUGUCUUCUAUUAUAUGGAACCCGUACUCUCCUCUAAAAGUAAAGAUUUCAGGCAGUAGGACAUAAAUAUGUGCCUUGCUAUCCUUUUGCACUAUGGAUGAAUCUCUUCCAGUUUUUCAGAUGAGGAGAAAUCCUUCCACUUUUUCUUCUUGGAUGCCCUUUUUAUUUUUUCAGUUUUAGUAUAUGAUUCUAGAUCAGUGACAAUCCAUUGGAUCAUGGAGUUGUAUAGCAUACAGUUUUCAGUUUUCAGUUUCCCUUUUAUAAUUAAUCCAUACAGUUUUCUAUACACCUUCGAAGAUAAAAUUUGGCAUAGCAUCAUGUCUUCACUUCGGGAGAAUACUUUUUUAACGGAUCAUAAUUGAAAAGCUGGUAAUAAUUCCUUGCUAGGUGCUUUUUUUUUUUCCAGAUUUGAAGAUCGUUUAUAAAUUGAGUCUUUUUUCUUAUUCCAUAUGCUAUCAUUCUUUUAUAUUUAGCUAUCCUAUUUGUCUUAUAGUUGAUGAAAACUAGCUAUGAAUGCCAUGCCUCCUGUUUCUCUGUCUCAGAGGUGCUUUUUUAUGCUUGUGAAGUAGGUCGGCUUGCCCCUUGUACAAAAGUACCUUUCCCAGUUUGAGCAGCUAGUAAAAGAGAAAUUUCCAAAGUUGGGAGAGCAUUUCUCAGAAGAAAUGGUCAAUCCAAGCAUGUAUGCAAGCCAGUGGUUUAUAACAGUUUUCUCCUAUUCAUUUCCUUUUCCCUUAGCUCUUCGGAUCUGGGAUGUCUUCCUCUACGAGGUUGGUGAUAAUGCUUUCUCCAAAUAUGUUUAAGAAGCGUUUUCUUUUACUAUCCUGAUCAUUUCCGAGUUAUUUGGAUGGUGUAAAUGGCAUCUACUCACUAUCUAAUUACCUAGUUCUUGAUAGUCGAACAGCUUAGUAUCGUAAGAAAUGAAUUAGUUUUGUCUUCUUAACAAACUAUUCUAUAGAUUAUAUAUAUAUAUAUAUAUAUAUAUAGAUAUCUCGUCAUUGGGAUAAGUUUGAUUUGUUCAAGGUGGAUUUCUUCCAACCACAAUUAAUAUGCCAAAGCAAGGCUGAGAAGCAUAUAAUGGUACAAGUGUUACAUUGCCUCGCAUUUAAUCUCCAGCUAAAUACCUACUUUACAUACAAAUAACUUAGUCUCACCAAUUAUGCAUAAAUUUUGCAUUCUUAUGAAACCAUCUUGUAGAAUAUUGGCGUAUUUUGUUAUUGGGACAUUUAUCUCGAAACCAUUUCAUAAAUAGCAGGCACUUAUGUAGUCACCAGAUUUUAUUUUAUUUUAGUUUAUUUUAUUUUAGUUUAUUUUACUAUUUUAUUUUAUUUUAUUAUUUUAUUUUAUUUCUCUAUGUGGAACUACCCCAAGCCCAUGUACAGUGCUAAGUGGUUCUAAGAUUUUCUAUGCUAGAUAUGUUUCUACAUUGAGAAAGUGUCUUCUAGAUCAUGUGUCUCUGAUAUUUUCCUGCAUUAAGAACGUUGUUCUGAGAUCAUCUUCUGUAUUUCUGAUCGAUCCAGGGAGUGAAGGUUGUUUUCCAAGUUGGAUUGGCUUUGCUGGGAUACUGCCAUGACGAAUUGGUGAGGCCGUGAGGCUCUCCCAAUCUUGCUUUCAUCUCUGCAGAAGCAAAGCUUGGAUUGUUCUAAUCACUUGCAGCUUUUGGUCACCAGAUAAAGCUACCCUUUGAGAAGCUCGUGCCUGCACUGAAGAACUUCCCUGAGGAUGCGAUGAAUCCAGAUGUGCUGCUGCCCAUGGCCUUCUCAAUCAAGGUUCGUGAUCAUCCUCCCACCCCCAUGAAUCCUUGCCUUUUUUGGAAAGUAUGGAUGGAUUUUAUUUUUUUGCUUCAAUGGGUUGGGUGAGGUUGCAACCAGACCCACUUCAAUGAGCUCCAGUGGCAGUAGAAUAUAUGGGAGAGAGAAAUUUUAUGGUGGUUCCCGUUGACCUCUUGGCCCUUCGUUGGGUAAUUUCCUGUAAGUGUUUGACCUAAAAUCAUGCAGAUGAGCUCUCUCAAAGCAGGUAGUCAGAAUCAUAUACAAUUAAGUUGACUUUCUUGUGCUCAGACUGAGCUAAUAAGGAUAAAUGAAAUACAGUACUUAAUAACGUUGACCCUAGUGAACAACAAGGUCGGCACUUCUCGUUCUUCUUCCAUGGGUAUGUGUUGACUUCUGUGUAGACUGAUUUUCCUUUUUAUUUUUCCGGGUGGGUUGACCUGAGGGUCAAGUCGAUUGUACAGAGCUUGUUGAUUUUGGCAUGGGUCUACUUAAGAGUUGACUCUCUUGUGAAAAUAGUGUCCUACUUUUGUACAAGAGUCCAGUAGAAUGUCUACUCUAAUGUAUACUGAGGGUUGACAAAAGGGUUGACUUAACUAUUAUUGUUCACAUUUUUAUAUGCAAAAGUCUUAUUUCUGCAUAUACUGCACCAUAAAUUUGAAUAUCUAUACUUUCAUGUUUUGCCAUUUGUGAUUAGAAAUAAAAAUCCCCCUGCCUGAAACUCUCACCAACGAUCAGUACAUAUCAGUGUAAAAGCUGAAAUUUUGUCAUCAUCAAAAUUGAAUUAUGGGUCUUUACAAAAGCUACAAGCACAUGUCAGCUCUCUCUCUCUCUCUCUCUCUCUCUCUCUCUCUCUCUCUCUCUCUCUCUCUCUCUGUUUUCAUAGAGCUUCCAGCUUGUAACUCAUUGUCUAGACUGGUUGGGCCCGCAUGGCCAUUGACACCCUUAACUAUUAGUGUCGUAAGAACAAAGAAGUAUGAGAAACCAAUUCCCAAAUAAGAGUUACCUUCGUUGUUACAACCAACCACAAGUGAUGCUGUGAAAAUCUCAUCUUUUGGAUGAAAAAAAAAUGGCAUAAAACGCUUGUUCACAUCUUGCUUCAACUUCCCACAUCCCACAUGUUUUUGCCCAUAUUUGGAAAAAAAAAAAAAAUCAUAUCGAAAAUUCGGGCCGAUUUGCAGAUAUACAGCAAAAAAUUCACUGUUUUUCUGUCCUCCUCCUCCUCAUGCUAGGUAUCUCGGCGUUUGCUGGAGCUUGAGGAGGAGCAUAAGAAGAGAAACCAGGGAAUGCUGCAACAGUCAACGUCUAGCGCCAAACAGAAGCGUUGA